UACACCCAGGAGCAGCCACUUCCCCAGCUCUCCUCCUCCUCCUUCGCCUCCUCCUCCUCCACUCCCCCCCCCCUUUAUUACCCUUUGUGUCAUCCUCCACAGCUCCAGGGAAGGCACUCAAAAGUGGGGGGCAGGAAAGUUUUCGGCAGACACAACAUCUUUGUUUGUAUGUGGUGCUGAGGAUCGAACCCGGGCCGCACGAAUGCCAGAUGAUCCUUGGAGAUGUCAUUUUCUGCAUAUAUGAAAUAGAUCUUGAAGGGUUUAUGGUUUACAGACAAAAUCUUUAGAAGUUAGACACUCAAGCACUUUGUAUCAUCUCACUGCCUUCUGAAGAUAAGUUAACAGUUUGUGGAUUAGCUUCUGAAGAUCUGAUGUGAAUUCAUUUGUCAAGAAAAUUUGAGUAUUUCUGUGACAUACCAAAAAAGAGAAGAAAACAACCAACAAUAACAACAGAUAAGAAAGAUCAGUACAGUGGAAGAAAUGGAACAGAAGGAGGACGGAGAGGAAGGUAAGCUGAACUACCAGGGAUUGAAUUAGAGCAAAUUUUAUUCUGUGAUUUUAUAAUUACAUCAUAUUGAAUCCUAAUGCUAUAUGUAACUAAUAGGAAUCAACUAAAAAUUUAAAAAUAUUUUUAUAUGCAAGUUUAGCACACUGAGUAAAGACUUAGUAAAUAGCCAUGACUAUAAAUAAUACAUGAAUGAAAAAUGUAUGUAUGGGAAUAAAUCACCUAAUAUGGUUUUAAAUGUGUUACUAAUAAAUAUUCUUAAAGUCCAUAUUUAAAAUAAUCUCAGUUUUCCAGUAAUUAUAGUGGUAUUCCCCACCCCAAUCCAGUAUCUAAUCAAGUUUCAUAAAUUGUAUUUAGUUGUCAUAUCUAUUUACUCUCCAUUAAUCUAAAACACAAAUCCCAGGCUUUUUGUAUUAUAUUAUUGACAUUUUUAAUGAAACCAAUCCAAUCAUUAACAACAUGUCCCUUAAUUUAGAAUUUUCUGAAUUUUUGUUAUUAAAUUCAGGUUAAACAUUGUUGGCAGGAAUACUACAUUAAUGAUACUGCACCUUCUCCAAAUAUUAUAUCAAGGUAAAAAGAAAUUCUUAAUGCAGUAGAAAAGUAGAAUAUUAUGAUUUAAUGCAAGGUGUAAGUUGAGUUUUCAACUCUACUUGCUUUAAUUUUAUACUAAUCAGGCAUUUUGUAUGUGAUUUGGUAUUAAGGUAGAUUUUAUCAGUAAGUAGUGGUCCUUUUUAAAUUUAUUAACUUCUUGUGAAUUUUUUUAACAAUUCAGAGAGCAGAUAAAAUCAGGUUUCUGAUUUUUGAAGCUAAGAGCCAGAUAGUAGUAAUGUCUACAUUAUAGGACUGAGGUCAGGAAUACUCAAGAUGUUAAUAGAAGUGAAAUGUGACUGACAGUAAUAUGCUCUGUGAAGGGACUAUUAACAUUAUUAACCCCAUCCAGGCAUUUAUUUAAAACACACACGCACACUCACACACACACACACACACACACCAUUUAGUAUUAUGCCUAGUACUGUAAGUUCUUUAUGAAUGUUAAGUGUUAUAACAAUACCAACCCCACCAUUUACAGUUAGAAAACUGAGGCCCAGAGAAGAUAAGUAAUUUUCCCAAAAUCAUAUAGCAAGUAAACGGUAAUGUUUCCCACUCUUUAGCUGUGAGACCCCUCUUGGAAGCAGAUAGGCAAUACAGAUACAAUCUGUACUUGAGAAUGAUUUUCACUCAGCUUCUUCUUCUUACAUAGUUGCCUCCUGCAUCUCCCCCUGGCCUCCCUUGCCUGGUACUAUUUUGCCAUACUGUGAAAGAAGAGGAGGGACUCCUUCACUGAGACUCAUAAAGGCAUAGAGCCUCUGGAAAUCACUGCCUCUAUUACACUACUAGAUCUCAUAGCACUUGUUAUGUUUUCAUCACUUUCUCUCCAGAAGGCCCUCUAUACAUCUAUGGAAUGAAGAAUGUGUGAAAUCAAAAAAGAUUGAUAUUAAGAGGUUGGAAACCCAAAUGCCUACAGAGGCCAGACUGGUGGGAAUGAAGCAGGAAGCCACUGCACUGAACUGGAGAGCCAAGUCCUUUCUGGAGGAGCAGCCACUGCUCCGUUCCAGAUAAUUGUUGCAAGGCAGGAAUGUUGACCUAGUGUUACCACAUUGUCCAGUUUCUCAGGCUACAUUAUUGGAAUUCUGAAGUCAUGAAAGCAUCAGAUGAACCAGCCUGCAACACCUUGGAUUCAGAUUGGAAGAUAAAGUUUAGAAAAUGUGGCCUUUAAGGGCUGGUAGUACCUGAAAAUAUUAAUUAAAAAUGACACCAAUUUCUAAACAGUAGAAAUUAUUUUAGUUCAACAUCAAGGUUCAAAACAAAAUGUACAACUAAAAACUUUACACUCCUCCCUCCCCCACUUCAGACAGGUGCCAGCAUUGGUGAAUUAUGAUUUUCCUUAGUUGUAAGCACUCAUUUUUACCCAUGUAAACCACCCCUAGGAAUUAAGUAUUGGUUAUUUAAUGUAGAGUAUAAUGGGAAACUGAUUAAUUUUACAAUGGCAGAGUUCAAGGACUUGGUUCCAAACUGAGCCGAAGCUUCCCAAUGCUUUUUGUACAGUCUGAGAAAAACUGUGCUGCAUUGGCCCAUUUUUGAAGGCCAUCAUGCUCUGUAAUAUGAAGAUAUCAUCUUAAUGCUGAUAUCUUUGGAGAGUCCCAAGCAGACACAGAAAAUGAAUGGAGGCAAGGAGUGUGACGGAGGGGACAAGGAAGGAGGUCUUCCAGCUAUACAAGUUCCUGUGGGUUGGCAGCGUCGUGUGGAUCAAAAUGGAGUUCUUUAUGUCAGUCCCAGUGGGUCUUUGUUAUCUUGCUUGGAGCAGGUUAAAACAUACCUGCUUACUGAUGGAACAUGCAAGUGUGGCUUGGAAUGUCCUCUUAUUCUUCCCAAGGUAUUUAAUUUUGAUCCUGGAGCUGCUGUGAAACAGAGAACUGCAGAAGAUGUUAAAGCAGAUGAAGAUGUCACAAAGCUAUGCAUACAUAAAAGAAAAAUCAUUGCAGUGGCCACACUUCAUAAAAGCAUGGAAGCCCCACAUCCUUCUCUGGUGCUCACCAGUCCCGGAGGAGGAACAAAUGCAACUCCAGUAGUACCUUCACGGGCAGCAACUCCAAGAUCAAUAAGAAAUAAGUCUCAUGAAGGAAUUACAAAUUCUGUAAUGCCUGAAUGUAAGAAUCCUUUCAAGUUGAUGAUUGGAUCGUCAAAUGCCAUGGGAAGGCUAUAUGUACAAGAACUGCCUGGAAGCCAGCAACAAGAACUCCACCCUGUCUACCCCCGGCAGAGAUUGGGCAGCAGUGAACACGGACAGAAAUCUCCAUUCCGUGGCAGCCAUGGAGGCCUGCCAAGCCCAGCAUCAUCAGGUUCCCAGAUAUAUGGAGAUGGUUCAAUCUCUCCACGGACUGACCCACUUGGAAGCCCUGAUGUUUUCACAAGAAAUAAUCCUGGUUUUCAUGGAGCUCCCAAUUCUAGUCCUAUUCACCUAAAUAGGACUCCUCUUUCUCCACCUUCAGUAAUGCUACAUGGUUCUCCUGUACAGUCAUCCUGUGCAAUGGCUGGAAGGACUAAUAUACCUCUUUCCCCAACUUUGACUACAAAGAGUCCAGUAAUGAAAAAACCAAUGUGUAAUUUUUCAACUAAUAUGGAAAUACCACGAGCAAUGUUUCACCACAAACCACCCCAAGGCCCACCACCCCCUCCUCCACCUUCUUGUGCUCUUCAGAAAAAGCCAUUAACAUCUGAGAAAGAUCCACUUGGCAUUCUUGACCCUAUUCCUAGUAAACCAGUGAAUCAGAACCCUGUUAUCAUUAAUCCAACCAGUUUCCAUUCAAAUGUCCACUCUCAGGUACCUGUGAUGAAUGUAAGCAUGCCUCCUGCUGUUGUUCCUUUGCCAAGUAAUCUCCCUUUGCCAACUGUAAAACCUGGCCAUAUGAAUCAUGGGAGUCAUGUACAAAGAGUUCCGCAUUCAGCUUCAACCUCCCUGUCCCCUUCUCCAGUGACAUCCCCAGUGCACAUGAUGGGGACUGGAAUUGGAAGGAUUGAGGCAUCGCCCCAAAGAUCACGCUCAUCUUCCACAUCAUCAGAUCAUGGAAAUUUCAUGAUGCCACCUGUAGGACCCCAGGCCACUUGUAGUGGUAUUAAGGUUCCACCCAGGUCACCAAGGUCAACUAUAGGGUCCCCAAGGCCAUCAAUGCCAUCAAGCCCUUCUACCAAGUCCGAUGGACAUCAUCAGUACAAGGAUAUCCCUAACCCAUUAAUUGCUGGAAUGAGUAAUGUACUAAAUACCCCAAGCAGUGCAGCUUUUCCUACUGCAUCUGCCGGAAGUGGUUCUGUAAAGAGUCAGCCUGGUUUGCUGGGAAUGCCUUUAAAUCAGAUCUUGAACCAGCACAAUGCUGCCUCCUUUCCAGCAAGUAGUUUACUCUCAGCAGCAGCCAAAGCACAGCUAGCAAAUCAAAACAAACUUGCUGGUAACAACAGUAGCAGCAGUAGCAAUUCUGGAGCUGUUGCCGGCAGUGGCAACACUGAAGGACAUAGCACUUUAAACACCAUGUUCCCUCCUACUGCCAACAUGCUUCUCCCAACAGGUGAAGGGCAAAGUGGUCGCGCAGCACUAAGAGAUAAGCUGAUGUCUCAGCAAAAAGACUCAUUACGGAAAAGAAAACAGCCACCUACCACAGUGUUGAGUUUGCUAAGACAGUCUCAAAUGGAUAGUUCUGCGGUUCCUAAACCUGGACCCGACUUGCUGAGGAAGCAGGGUCAGGGUUCAUUUCCCAUCAGUUCAAUGUCUCAGUUACUACAGUCUAUGAGUUGUCAAAGCUCUCACUUGAGUAGCAAUAGUACCCCGGGUUGUGGGGGCUCAAAUACUGCUUUGCCUUGCUCUGCUAACCAGCUGCAUUUUACAGAUCCCAAUAUGAACUCCAGUGUUCUUCAGAAUUCACUGACACAGAACAUACCUUUAAGAGGGGAAGCCGUGCACUGCCACAAUGCAAACACUAACUUUGUUCACAGUAACAGUCCAGUCCCCAAUCACCAUCUUGCAGGUUUAAUAAAUCAGAUUCAGGCUAGCGGGAACUGUGGGAUGCUCAGUCAGUCGGGCAUGGCUUUAGGAAAUUCAUUACAUCCCAAUCCACCUCAGUCAAGAAUUUCAACGUCCUCCACUCCAGUGAUACCAAACAGCAUUGUUAGCAGCUAUAAUCAAACAAGUUCUGAAGCAGGCAGUUCAGGCCCAUCAUCCUCCAUAGCCAUAGCUGGUACCAAUCACCCCGCCAUCACAAAGACAACGUCUGUUCUUCAAGAUGGCGUCAUCGUCACCACCGCAGCUGGAAACCCACUGCAGAGUCAGCUGCCCAUUGGGAGUGAUUUUCCUUUUGUUGGCCAGGAGCACGCACUUCAUUUUCCACCCAACAGCACUUCAAACAACCAUCUUCCACACCCCUUGAACCCCAGCCUCCUCAGUUCUCUACCUAUCUCUUUGCCAGUGAAUCAACAGCAUCUCCUAAACCAGAAUCUAUUAAAUAUCCUCCAGCCUUCAGCAGGAGAAGGCAAGUCUGAGAUCAACCUCCACCCUUUAGGUUUUCUCAACCCGAAUGUAAACGCUGCUUUAGCUUUUCUCUCCGGUGACAUGGAUGGGCAGGUAUUACAGCCUGUUCACUUUCAGCUCUUAGCUGCUCUGCUUCAGAACCAAGCCCAAGCAGCUGCCAUGCUUCCCCUGCCAUCUCUCAAUCUGACCAUCUCAGAUCUUUUGCAACAGCAAAAUACCCCUUUACCCUCAUUAACACAGAUGACAGCCCCACCAGACCAUUUGCCAAGCAAUCAGUCAGACAACAGCCGAGCUGAGACCCUUUUAACCAGCCCCUUGGGGAACCCUUUACCAAGCUUUGCAGGCAGUGACACUACUUUUAACCCCCUGUUCCUCCCAGCUGUCACUGGGGCCUCAGGAUUAAUGGCCUUGAAUCCCCAGCUGUUGGGAGGUGUUCUGAACUCGGCAUCGGCCAACACCGCUAAUCAUCCAGAGGUUUCCAUAGCAACCUCCUCCCAGGCAACCACUACCACAACCACUACAUCAUCAGCAGUGGCAGCACUGACUGUCUCAACACUUGGUGGGACAGCAGUGGUGUCAAUGGCCGAAACAUUGCUGAAUAUAUCUAAUAAUGCUGGGAAUACACCUGGUCCAGCUAAACUCAACAGUAACUCUGUGGUGCCACAGCUACUUAACCCUCUACUGGGGACAGGUCUGCUUGGUGAUAUGUCAUCAAUAAACAAUACUUUGAAUAACCAUCAACUGACUCAUCUACAGUCGAUGUUAAACAACAAUCAGAUGUUUCCUCCAAAUCAGCAACAACAGCAACUCCUCCAUGGGUACCAGAAUCUCCAGGCCUUCCAAGGACAGUCCACUGUUCCUUGCCCGGCUAACAAUAACCCCAUGGCUUGUCUGUUUCAGAACUUCCAGGUAAGAAUGCAAGAAGAUGCAGCUCUCCUAAACAAAAGAAUAAGCACUCAGCCGGGGCUUACGGCACUUCCUGAGAAUCCAAACACUACACUUCCACCUUUCCCAGAUACACCUUGUGAGCUGCAACCAAGGAUCGACCCAGCUCUUGGUCAGCAGGUGAAGGAUGGACUCGUCAUGGGUGGCCAAGGUGAUGCUUCUGUAGAUGCCAUUUACAAAGCAGUCGUUGAUGCAGCCAGCAAAGGAAUGCAAGUUGUCAUCACCACUGCCGUCAACAGUACCACUCAGAUCAGCCCUAUUCCAGCUCUGAGUGCCAUGAGUGCCUUCACUGCCUCAAUUGGUGACCCACUAAACCUGUCCAGUGCUGUCAGUGCGGUCAUUCAUGGGCGGAACAUGGGAGGUGUUGAUCAUGAUGGCAGGCUGAGGAAUGCAAGAGGGGCUCGGCUGCCCAAGAAUCUAGACCAUGGCAAAAACUCAAAUGAAGGAGAUGGGUUUGAGUAUUUCAAGUCAGCUAGUUGUCACACAUCCAAAAAACAGUGGGAUGGGGAGCAAAGCCCCAGAGGAGAGAGAAACAGGUGGAAAUAUGAGGAAUUUUUAGAUCAUCCAGGCCAUAUCCAUAGUAGUCCUUGUCAUGAAAGGCCCAACAAUGUCUCUACACUGCCAUUUUUGCCUGGGGAGCAGCACCCAAUACUGUUACCACCAAGAAACUGUCAAGGGGAUAAAGUUUUGGAGGAAAAUUUCAGGUAUAAUAACUAUAAAAGAACUAUGAUGAGUUUUAAGGAGAGACUAGAGAACACUGUGGAAAGAUGUGCGCACAUUAAUGGGAACAGACCUCGACAGAGUCGGGGAUUUGGAGAGCUGCUAAGCACUGCAAAGCAAGACCUAGUCCUAGAGGAGCAGUCUCCGAGUUCCUCAAAUAGUUUAGAAAGUUCUCUAGUCAAAGACUACAUCCAUUACAAUGGAGACUUUAAUGCCAAAAGCAUUAAUGGGUGUGUGCCUAGCCCUUCAGACGCUAAAAGCAUCAGUAGUGAAGAUGACCUAAGGAAUCCAGACUCCCCCUCUUCAAAUGAGUUGAUACAUUAUAGACCAAGGACGUUCAACGUUGGCGACUUGGUCUGGGGCCAAUUCAAAGGACUGACUUCUUGGCCUGGAAAAUUAGUAAGAGAAGACGACGUUCACAAUUCAUGUCAGCAAAGCCCAGAGGAAGGGAAGGUCUGGGUAAUGUGGUUUGGUGUUCAUACCUUCACUCAGGUGGAGCCGGAGAAGUUGAAGACACUAACAGAAGGUUUAGAAGCCUACAGCCGAGCCCGGAAAAGAAACAGAAAGAUCAUGCUUCACAAACUCCUCAAUGGAAAAACAACUCAGACUGACUCUUCAAGGUGGCCAGGACCCCUUAACACAGGAAUGGGAAUAAGUGGGAAGCUAAAUAACCAUUUAGAAGCUGCUAUUCAUGAGGCCAUGAGUGAACUGGACAAAAUGUCUGGGACUGUUCACCAAAUCCCACAGGGAGACAGACAAAUGAGACCCCCCAAGCCCAAGAGGAGGAAGAUCUCCAGAUAACAGAGACUACUCCACUAAUGCCCAGUGUUUAUCAAAGGAACAUGCACAGAUGUAUCUGUAUAUAGGUAUUGAUAUGGCCACAGUUAUAUCAAUAUUUAAACUAUGGCAGAUAGUUACCACCACAGGGUGCUAAAAGAAGCAGUGAUACAAAAGUUGUUUGAUCAGGAAGGAUAAUGAAUGCUGGAAAAACUAAUCACAGUCCCUCUAUGAUGAAAGUGAUCAAUGGUCAAGAGAUUACUGAGAAACUCUUUUUCUAUAAUACUAAAAUUGUGAUUAUAAGAAAUAGUCCAAAUGUUUCUGAAAAAUUUUCAAUGUUGUAUAUAGAAAGUACAGAAUUUCAUGGUGAUAUCAGAAAUGUAAAUAUUGUACAAUAUUGUCAUGUACAAGCGUACCUAAUGCACACUUUAUCUUUUAUUGUACAAAGAAAUAGUGUACAAAAUCCUUUUGGUUUCUAUGGAGUACACCUACCAGAGACUACCAGUGUAAAGUGAUAAAUAAAAAUACAACCUAAAUGCUUUUCUAUGAUAAUGUAAAAGAUGCUGUUUUUGUAUUUAACAGCAGAGAAAAGUCAUGACGAUGUAAUAUCUGAAUUAUGACAUACACUGCACACCACUGAGUGUCCAUUUAUAUUGUCUAUUUGGAAUGAACCUUGCCUGGAAGCACUGGACUCAACUUUAGGUGUCUAGGAAAUUGCGACCUUACAGAUUUGUAAAGGGAUGAGGGCUCACAGGUCUAAAUUAAGAAUUAAGAAACUGCAACCAUUUGUUGCAUAUUUUUUUUACCUAAGUUUUAAAAUAGAAUAGGUUUUAUAAAAAAAAUCUUAGAUGGAAUAUUUUACUCAGCAGCCAUUUCUGUAGUUCAUAUUUGAUAGCCACCUGUUGAACUAGAUAGAUUACCACCAUUGAUGCUCAGAAUUAAGGUUCUUUUGCAAAUGAUAUCUGACAAGGUAAACAUUUCUAUUUCCACACACAGAGGCAAAAUCCCCACUUUGAACCCAUUUCAAAGGUAAGAGUGGUUAUAGUUCAGUUUUUCAAUAAUGGCAAAAGAAAAUACAAAUCAUCAAAGCUAACUUCAUAUCCACUCGUCAGUAUUACUUAACCCAGAAGUUAAGGUGGCUUACAAAAUUAUUAGCAAUGGUAAUUUUUUAUCAGUAUUAUGUAACAUAUCAGAUUUAUUUUAUUUAAAGAAUUAUUUAUACCAUUAACAGAUUCUUAUAUAUAUAUUAAUGUGGCUGAAAUGUGCAGGUUAAAUCUAUUAGCCAAAUUAUUUAUAUUAUAUGAAGUAAGAAAAAAUGUGAAACAAAUGUAGAGAGAAAAUACCACAUUACAGUGUACAAACCUAAAACUGUGAGCCAUUGUAAAGUACAAGGUAAUUAAUAAGAAAUGUAGCACAACAUAACUUCCCAUCUAUUUUUUACAGUUUUUGUGGUGGUGGUACAACCCUGUCUCCUAGGCAGUUAAGCAAAGCUUCAGGCCACCAGACUUCAGUUGAAGAUUAUCAAAAGAAGGGGUCCAUUAUUCCUUUUUCUUGGAUCCACAAGCCCCCACCCCCAAACCACUCAGAGCACUGCUUAUCCUCUAGUGGGGGCUCACCAAUGGUCAUUGUAAUGCUCAGCUGCUGUAUCCCCAAAUGCUACCACUUCCCCACUCCUUUCCCAUCCACCUGCAAAUUCCACAGUCUUGUCAUGUAGCAGAGUUCCAGUAACUCAGGAAAAAGGAGACCAAGGUCAUUCCUCAAGUUGGUUUCUUGGGGCCACAGCACAGAGCAUGCCACCUGGGCUUACUUUUCAUAGCAACAAUUAUUAGCUCUUCCUCCAGGUCCCCUGUGUCUCUCUGUCCCUUCUGUUCCCAACCUCACCCCUACCCUUGACCCUGAUGGAAUGCAACUGGCUACACUAGGCUUCAUGGCCUGGAAGUAGGAACCCUUCCUUCAUGGGGUAGGUUCAUUUUGUCUUUUGCGUAUUGGUGGGAUUGCCCGCCUAGUCCUUCCUGCAAUCAGAGGAAGUAAUCUUUGGAUAGCUUAGAUGACAUAUUUUUGUUAUAAUUUGAAAUAUUUAAACCAUUAAUGUUCUUUUUUUUUGCACCAACCCGCUUUUCUACUGUUUUGUCUACACAGUUGUGUUUAUUCACAGAUAGAUGCAUAAGUGUGUUUGUGUGUUGGGUGUGUCUGCAUGUGUUAUGUUGAUAUGUAGAAGACGUUUUUAGUUUGCCUCUCUGUCUGCACACUGAAUUUGUGUCAGUCAAGCCUGCCUUUGGGUAUCUUGAGGGAUUCAGUUCAUGCUUCCCCAUCAUUGUAUACUUUACAUCAGUAGACCAUGUAAAGUACAUCUUCUCCCAUGAUUUCACUGGUUGCUUAUGGCUUGAUAUGGGUGCUAGGUAUAGUUGUCUCAGUCCACUGGGGUUUUUUUUUCCUCUCUUACAGUUGAAUGGUUUCAUGUAAGCAGUUAAUGUAAAUAUUGUUAGCAUUUUAGGUCAUGCAGUGCUGUAACAUUUUUUUUAAAUGUUGCACCUACUUUACAAUUAAAAAAUUGGUCACACACA